AAGUAAAAGUUGUGUUGUUGAAAGAGAGGGACUUUUAUUAGUUUGCGUCUGUUUGCGGAGGCGGAAGUCCAGUGUUGUGUCUGUUUGCGGAGGCGGAAGUCCAGUGUUGUGUCGGUUGUGUCGGUGAGUGAUGAUGGCGGACAGUGUUUAUGAGUCUGUAGUUUGUGUCAAACCUGAAGUUCAUGUUUAUAAAAUCCCGCCGAGAGCAUCCAACCGCGGAUACCGGGCAGCGGAUUGGAAACUAGACGAGCCGGCGUGGAGUGGACGCAUGAAAAUCACAGCCAAAGGAACAACUGCUUUCAUUAAACUAGAGGACAAGAACACAGGUGAGUUGUUCGCUCAGGCUCCUGUGGAUCAGUAUCCAGGUUCUGCUGUUGAAGCCGUCACAGACUCCAGCAGAUACUUCGUCAUCAGGAUUGAAGAUGGAAACGGUCGUCACGCGUUCAUUGGCCUCGGUUUCGCUGAUCGCGGCGAUUCUUUUGAUUUCAAUGUGGCACUACAAGACCAUUUCAAGUGGGUGAAGCAGGAGAGUGAAUUCGCCCGACAGGAAGCCAAUCAGGACCCGGGGCCGAAGCUGGAUCUAGGCUUCAAAGAGGGUCAGACCAUCAAGAUCAACAUCGGGAAUAUAAAGAAGAAAGAGUCCGGUGGGGCGAAGUCUCGGGCAGUGGGCGGCGGUUUACUUCCUCCUCCUCCUGGUGUGAAGAGCGGCGGGCUCCUCCCUCCACCUGCAGCGCCGGCGACGACAGCUGUGUGUCCGACCAGCACAGGGACGCUGUUGGAUUUUGGGGGCCCCGCCCCUGUCUCCGCCCCCAUCGCUGCUCCGCCCUCUCAGGACCUGUGGGGGGAUUUUACAGCUGCAGGCUCAGGGUCGUCUCAGGACGCGGCGCAGACGGGUUGGGUGCAGUUCUAGAAGUUUAUAAAGGGAACGUGAGGAGCCAUCAUCAUGAGUCAUGUGACUUGUGAUGUCACACGGACGAUGUUUUCUAUGCAAUGACGUAUGGCUGUGGUCACGUCUGAGUCUAAUGGCUCAUAUUUGACACAUUCCAGCGUGUGAAACAUGUUUCUUAUUAGUUAUUCACUCACUUCCUGUUUGUUUGGCCUCAGUUAUUGUUUUCAUAAUUCAUCUCAAUCCAGUCGUCAUGUGAUCAGUAUGUUUACCUGUGUUUUGAUGUCAGUUGUUGACGUGUUUAGUUUGUUUGGUGUGUCAGAAUCAAUGAUUGUGUCAAUGUAAGAGAUUUAUAAUUACAGUCACAUUCAAAUCAAGAUUUUAAGAGCUUAUUUUAUAUUCAUUUAUAGCAGAAGAUGUUCACCCUAUUACAUAUAUAUAGCACUAACCCCACACUAUUCCUUUCAUCUUUAUUCUUGAUAUUGUCAGUAAUUAAAAUCUUCAAGUGCCUUUCUGAAACACCUGUAGAAUGUAACUGAUGGUUUAUAUGAAAAUAAAGCUGUUCCUGAGA